AUCGUUUAUGUGGCCGGGGGCAUGAAAGUUGGGGGGAGAGAUAUCAGUAUGAUGUUGAUGCGUUUUUUGAUGAGAUUACAUGAUAAAUUUGUCACAAUAGAGCUAAAAAAUGGUACAGUGGUGACGGGCUAUGUUAGCGGCGUUGACAUGGCAAUGAAUUUCCAUUUAAAUCGUGUUGGGAUGACAUUAAAAAAUCAAAAACCUGUUUCUUUGGAUGCAGUUUCAGUCAGAGGAAAUAACAUACGAUAUAUAAUUUUUCCGAACAAUCUGAACUUGGAUGCACUGAUGAUCGAUGUUCCACAACAAAAGGCGAGAACGCGUAAAACUCCCAGCCAACCACGUGGUCAGAGUAACGCAAUACGUGGUCAGGGUGUCACUCGUGGUGGACGUGGUCGAAAUUCGGGAAAAUUUGGCCCGUGUCGACACUUUGCGAGAGGUAGUGGGCGUGGUUGUGCCAAAUUGUGAAAUAAACAAUAAACAAAUUUCCACUUUCAAUAUUUUUCAUAUCUAUUUGUUCCUUGUUUGUAUAUUGAACAUUGCUGCGUAGGUAGCUGGAUGCGACAUAUUUUCUUCUUUUCCAAUUGGUGGUUUUUUUUCUGAGAAUUUUUUUGC